UUUCGAAUGAUUACUUUAACCGAUUCCGGCAAAUCUUUUUCAUUUUGUCUGACAAAUACUGAUAAAAGACAAUUAUUUGUGCUGGGUUGAUGUUAAAUAUUAUAAAAUACUUGUCUUGUUUUUGUUCUUUAGGUUAACCUUCACCUUUGUUUCUAUUUAUUAAUCAACCUUUUGUGAUCAACUAGUUGACCCUUCUAAACUAUUAGCUAAAAUGGCUAAACCAAGUCCUAAGAAGGGUGCUGCUGUUAAAAAGGCCGUUGCUAGUCAGCCUAGGAUGGCGGCAAAUGGCUAUCGUCUGCCUGACCCUUUACCUGUAGGUGAAAUUCUUAUUGACAAUACCAAAAAAAGUUGGGUGCUUGGUGAAAGUAUCGGUGUCGGAGGAUUUGGUGAAAUCUACACAGCGAGACCCGCUUCAAGUGAUUCAGACGAUUACGAUUAUGUUGUCAAGGUUGACCAUAAUAAUGGUCCACUUUUUAAUGAGAUGCAUUUCUAUUAUCGAGUAGCUAAAUCUGAUUUAAUCAAAGAUUGGGUUCAAAAGAAAGGUCUUAAAUUCCUUGGUAUGCCCAAGUUCAUUGCUUCUGGCUUACAUGACAAACAAUCAAAUAGUGCCGGAAGUAAGGGAAGAGGGUCCAAAAAGGUACAAUCAACGUUGAAAUAUCGUUUCUUGGUGAUACCUAGGUUUGGAACUGAUUUACAGAAAAUGUUAGAUGUCCACGAAAAAUUUUCUCUUAAAACAGCUUACUCUAUCGCCAUUAAAAUUAUUGACAUAUUGGAAUUCAUUCAUUCAUUUGGUUACAUCCAUUCCGAUAUCAAAGCAUCUAACCUAUUGUUGUCUCUACAAGAGGAAAGUAAAAAGAAAGGCAGGAAUGUUGGUGUUUUCUCAGAAGUUUACCUUGUUGACUUUGGAUUGGUUGAAAGAUAUAUCUUUAAAGAUGAUGGAAUUCAUAAAAAAUUCGAAGAAGAUGCUCGAAGGGCUAAUAAUGGUACUGCUGAAUUUACCUCAAGGGACGCACACAUUGGUUGCUUUUCAAGGAGAAGUGAUAUUGAAGUACUCUGUUAUAACAUUUUGUCCUGGUUAUCUGGUGGAAGAUUACCCUGGAUGUUUAACUUGAAAGAUAGUAAUUAUGUAAAACAGUGUAAAAAUUAUUACAUGGAAAGGACGACAGAAUUACUUAAUUACUGUUUCCCACCCUCAUCUUCAUCACCACCUCCUGUUGCUGUUUUAACUAAAAAAGUAGAGUCAAAUACCAAUGCAAGGGUUGUUGAUCGUACUAAACCAUCACCUUCUAUUCCUCUUGGAAUCUCUGACUUUAUCAAAUAUACAAUCAAGUUGAAAUUUGAAGAAGAGCCUGAUUAUGCUCAUCUCAAAUCUAUAUUAGAGAAAGCUAUUGUCAAAUCAGGAGAAAAAUCAGACGGUAAAUUUUCUUUCACUCAAACCAAAACUUCACCAUCACCAGUAAAAUCGCCUACAGCACGAGUACCUGGCGCUGUCGGGGCUAAAAGAUCUUCCGCACCCUCUUUAAGUCCAAGUCCAGUACUUCGAAGUAGAAGACGCAUUUAAUUGAUCAAAGUGAUCAUGGAAAUCACCAUUGCUUCCCAAUUACUCAUCAUCCGUCAUUUACCAUUGUUUAUUUACAUCUUUUCAAUUUACAAGCUUGAAUGACAGAAGGGCUCUCAGAAAAUCAUGUCCUUAAAAUGAUCAACUUUCUACUUUUCAAUGUUACCAUGUACAAUGUAAUUUCGUAAAUUGAUGGUGAGAAGACUAAACAAGACAAAUGAAAAAGUUAUUGUAACAUUUAUUGUAGAGCUUUGUUUCAAAGUGAUUAUAGCUUCUUAAAGCUGAUUAAAUUUGCCCAGACUUUUACAUCAUUUUUUUCAUUUUGAAAUUCAUCAUUUGACCUUUGUCAAAAGAUAUUAAAAUCGUUAAAAUAAAACGAGCUUGACAAUAUUAUUUUUCA